AUGACAUCUUCACCCGAAGAACAGGCCAUGCAUCAGCUGCAAUCGCAGCAGUCGAAGCUCCUCGACAAAAUUGACGAGCUCCGGACAAUUGGCGUCGGAGGUCUUGUGGAUCUCCCUCAGCUGAUCGUCUGUGGUAAUCAGUCGAGCGGCAAAAGCUCGGUCCUGGAGGCCAUUUCACGGGUGCGCUUUCCGAUGAAAGACACCGUCUGCACGAGGUUUGCGACAGAAGUCGUUCUGCGCCGAAGCCCCGAGCCCAGUAUCAGGGUCUCGAUUGAACCCGGCAGCUCAGGUGGAGACAGAAGGUCACUCGAGGAGUUUCGCCAGUUCGAAGAGACGUUCUCGGAUACCAAGGAUCUCGACAUCCUGAUGACUAGGGCCCAGGAGUGCAUGGGGCUCGACCCUCAGACCAGCAUUGGAUUUAGCGAUGAUGUCCUCAAGAUAGAGAUCUCUGGUCCAGACAAGCCGGAGCUCACUCUCGUUGAUCUGCCGGGGCUUUAUCAUUCCACGAGCGGCGAUCAGGGUCGGGAGGGUCGAAGUCUUGUCCGUGGCAUCACCGAGAGAUACAUGCAGAACCCAAGGAGUAUUAUUCUGGCUGUCAUCACAGCCAAGACAGACUACCACCUGCAAGAGGUUCUAGAUAUCGCUGAGCAAUUCGACCCCAAGCGUGAACGAACGCUUGGUAUCAUUACCCAUCCUGAUACUCUGCCCAGCGGUUCCGGUGAGGAGAAGAUCUACCUGCAGUUUGUGCAGAACGAGAAGAUCAAGCUGCGUCUUGGAUGGCAUGCCCUGCGCAACCGACAAUUUGAAACAAGAGGAAUCAACGACACGGAGCGAGAUGAAAAGGAGAAAGAAUUCUUCGAGAAGGGGUCGUGGAGGUCUGUGUCGCGCGAGUGUGUCGGCAUCGACAGUCUCCGGCGGCGGUUGAGCACCAUCCUCCUCAAGCAUAUCUAUCAUAACCUCCCCGGCCUGAUCUCCGAUAUCCAAUCCAAGAUCACCGAAAGAAAAGAAAAGUUGGCGAAACUGGGAGCCGCUCGGGCGACGCCGCAGCAACAGCGGGGCUUCCUCCUGGGCAUCAGCAGCAAUUUCGAGCGCAUUACAAGCCAGGCCCUGAACGGGAUGUAUUCAGAUGAAUUCUUCGGUGGUCUCGAUGCUGUCUCAGCAGACACCCCGGACUUCCGACGUCUGCGCGCCGUUAUACGGGAGCUGAAUGAAAGUUUCGCCGCGGCGAUGGAGUUUCGAGGAUGUCGUCGGUUGCUGGAUCCCCCGUUUGACUUGAAGUCUGUCAUGCAACAAGAGAGCGACAACCCUUACCUAGUGGAUUGGGUGCCCAAAUAUGUCGACCGCCAUACGUUGGAAGAAGAAAUGUGCGAGCAAGCCCGCAAGAACCGAGGCAUUGAGCUUCCAGGGAGCGCAAACCAGCUGCUUGUGGGCACUCUGUUCCGCGACCAGUCGCAGCCUUGGGAAGAACUCGGCCGUCAACACCUGACGAAUGCGUGGGAAGCCGCAAAGUACUUUGUGUGCCUGGUGCUGCAGCAUCUGACAGAUGAACACACCUACGUCUCUUUGGUCUCCACGGUGAUUAGUGCGGAGCUGGAGAAGAUGAAGACUGCCUUGCUGGAAAAGCUCGCUGAGCUGACGGCACACACCAAACGCGGCCAUCCAAUUCCAGUGGGAAAGAGCUUCAUCUCCAAGAUUCAGCAGUCUCGGGCGACCCGCCACGUUGCGGCGCUGCAGAAAUCCCUCAGCGGGCCAUUGCCGCAUUUUGGACCGCAGAAUAAAUUUGAGAAGAGCCUGAGCGCCGCUGAUCUCGAACAAGCGGCUUCUAGCCUGCAGCUUUCCAGUAACCAGUUUGCUGCAGCGGAGGUUAUUGAUCAGAUGCAGGCCUAUUACGACACUGCCAUCUUGACAUUUGUGGACAAUGUGGCGACGCUUGCAAUUGAGAAUUGUCUCCUAGUGCCACUUGAGCGCAUCUUCACCAGCCAAGCAGUUAAUGACAUGGACGAUGAACAGAUCAGCGAGCUGGCUGCGGAGCCUCCUCACAUACGACAGGAGCGAGAGCGGCUGAGCAGCGAGUUGGAGAAGUUGCAGGCAGGGAUGCAGGCGUUUAAUGUCUUCACGACGGAUGGAUCCUCCCUUCCACCUCCGCCGUCCUUUGCUACCCGAGCGGCCACUCCUGUCAAACCCCCGAGUCCAAGCCCUGUCAAGGUAAAUGGGACUGAGCGAAAAAUAAAAACACCGAAGAAGCCUAGAGCCUCGGUGUCUUCCGGCGCACGCAAUGGGAGACACUCUCCGCAGCCUUCGGUCGAUGGACAUCAGUCUGCGGUGAAUGGCGAAGCCAGACGGGCGGCUCACCAGAGCGAUCACCUUCUUCCUGGAUUUGUUCCGAGAUCAACACCAAAUCUCUCCCUCCGUCUGACAACUUCAUCCCUUCGCUCGACCAUGACAUGGCCCUACCAUAUACUCUCCCUCUCCUCCGAGCAGAAACAUGAGCGUCGGGUGUUGCUCGAUCGGUAUGGCUCGUACGCUCAACUCUCCGCCCUGAUUCCCAUUCUGGGCUAUCAAUUCUACCUCCUCGGACAAUGGGCAUACUGGCGCACCGCACGAUCACGAGCUGGGUACUCUGCAGUAUCGCAACCCUCGGGUCGCCAUCCGCAUCAUAGCCCCCUCUCCACGACACUGCGACGAUGGAGGAUAGCCCAAUGGUGGCUGAACGGAGAAAUCGCGCCCGGAUGGGGAUUACGACAGUACUGGAUCGCAGGCGCUGUCUGGGGUGUCUGGAUGCUGUUCCUCUGCAUCCAUCGCACCGGUGAUGACUACCUGCACCUCACCAAACGCUUCGGCAUCGUCGCCGCUGCCCAAUUCCCCCUGCAUUACAUGCUGUCCAUGAAGUCGCGCUACGCGCCGCUCGUCUUCCUCCUACGCUCCUCCCACGAGCGUCUCAAUCCAUGGCACCGUCUCUGUGGUCGCAUCAUCUACGCCCUUCUCAGUGUUCACGCCGCACUCUACCUCAACUACUACGUCCAGUCUGACGCCUUCCACAAACUGCGCUCCCGCGCCGCCAUCACGGGCCUCCUCGCCUUCACUCUCCUCACUCUCCUCGCAGCCACUAGUGUCGACCGGCCCCGCCGCAUGAGCUACCGUCUCUUCUUCACCCUCCACCUCCUCGCGGCCGUUGUUCUCAUUCCCCUCCUCUUCCUUCACGUCUCCCAUCUCCGCCUCUACAUCCUCGAAACCCUACUCAUCUACGCGUUCGACCGCCUCACCCGCCGUUUUCUCUCCACCGUCACAGUCCCCGCACACAUCACCUGUAUUCCCCGUACCUCCCUCCUGCACCUCCAUCUUCCGAUUCCAGCUAUCACCCUUGCCGCCUACCGCGCCGCUCCAGGCCAACACGUCUACCUGUCGCUCCCGCCGGGACGCACAUGGACACGCCGACACCUCAGCAACCCGUUCAGCGUCGCGCGCGUCUCCGAAGCGGGCAUUGAGCUGGUCGUGCGGGCCCGCGACGGGCCCAUGACUCGCGCGCUGGCCGCGCUGGCUGACGAGUCUUCACCCGCAAGAAUCUGCGUCGAGGGUCCCCUAGGCGGUGCGCGCUGGUUCCCUGAUUUGGGGCUCGAGUUUGAUCGCGUAUUGAUCGUUGCCGGCGGCGUCGGCGGCACAUUUGCCGUACCUGUUUAUUGUGCGUUGCGCGGUGGUGCCGAGGCUGAGACGAAAGGCGCGGGCUGGGUGCGGUUCGUUUGGGCCGUCAAGACCGUCGAGGAGGUGAGCUGGGCCGACUCGGAGGCUGGGUGGUUGCGCGAUGAAAAUGUCAGCGUGCAUGUUACGGGCCCGGGUCGCGAGGGUGAGGCUGGGGUCGAGAUGGCGGAAAUGAGUGAUUCGGGCAUUGGGGCGCGUGGGAGGCCAGAUCUACGCGCCAUCGUGGACGAGGUGUUUGCCCAUGGCGAGGGCCAACGCGUUGCCGUGCUGUUCUGCGGGCCGGAGGGCAUGGCGCGCGACGUGAGGGCGUGUGUUGGACGGUAUGCGGGACGGGAUAUCUGGUGGUAUGAGGAACGAUUCGGGUGGUGA